GGACUCUGAAUCCAACCUUUCUCUCUCUCUCUCUCUCUCUCUCUGCAACGCUCCGAAUGGCCAACAACAGCGAAGAACAACAGAACAACUCAACAAGAUCAUCGAUCAUGGAGUGGAAGCAGAUGCAUCCACUUCACCAAAUCGCAGAAACACCCACCCACAAGCUCCUCCUGAAGCAAUGGCUGAAGGAGGAAGAACUCAUUAACAGCCGCAUAGCGUUGAAAGAGACCCAAAUAGAUUCAACCCGCAAAGAGAUCACCACCCUCUACAUCUUCUUCUUCCUCUUCCACUCCACCACCCUCAUGCUCCUCUUCAACUCCUCGUCACCCUCUUCCUGUCACAGAUCGUGGGUCCCUUCGCUGUGCUCUCUGUUAUUCUCGCUGGGCCUAAUAUGGGCCUUGCGUUACAAGAGCGACGUGGAGGCCCACGUGGAGAAGAUGCUGCAGCGGGAGAAGGAGGACAAAGGGUUGCUGGGGAAGUGCGUGGAGGAGUUGAAGAAGAAAGGGUUGGAGUUUGAUUUGCUGAAGGAGGUUGAUGCGUUGAGGAGGGCCAAGAGUUUGAGGGUGGAGAACAAAGAGGUUAGGAAGUGGUCUUCCAGGGACUUUGUUUCUUUGUUCUUCUUCUCUAUGGCUUGCUUCUCUCUUGCUCUCAUGAGGGUCAUCUUGUGCACUUAGGAUUUGGGAUUGGUACUAAUAUGUACUUAACUUGUUACUAUUUGUUUGGUUUUGGAUUGAGAUUUUUGGUAUGUAUCAAUUAUUAAUUAUUACUAUUUAUUGAUGCAGAAUGUACUGUUCUGCUUUUAUUUGUGUAAUUUCAGAAUACUAAAUGGAAUAAAGUUAUAAUUCUGUUUCGAUUU